CGCUACGAAGCGGUUGUGUACGGCUUGAUCGUGUAGUUCACGGCGAGAAAUACGAUGUGAUUUAUAUAUUUCUAUUGAUAAUUGAAAAGCUUUUAUCAGUGUCGGAAAUUAUUUGCAACUGUGUUUUCUUUGUGUUCGGACGAAACAACAGCGCCAUUCUACAAAGCAGAAAAUAUAUUUAAUAACAUUGCUCAUGCGCUAGUGAACCGUGUGUGUAUAUAAAUAAAGACUAUAAUUGUAAUGAGUGAAUAGUACGUAAUGAGGACUGAACGGUCGUGUUUUUGGACGAUGUUGCAAGCAGUGGCUCUUCUACCAACCAUGGCUCUGAAAGAUUCACACACAACAAAGAAGUUUUCAGAAGAGCCUGAGUUCGAGAGGCCGAUAGGGAACCACACAUUCUUUCUUGGAAGAGAAGCUGUUCUUGGCUGCUCUGUUCUCAAUCUUGGGAAGCACAAAGUUGGCUGGCUUCGUGCUGAAGAUCAGACGGUACUGACGAUGCACGAGCGAGCUGUUCUUGGGUCAAGGUACGCGGUCAACAUGGAUCCUCCACGGACUUGGCAGCUCCGGAUCAGACCACUGCGAGCUGAAGAUAGAGGCUGCUAUAUGUGCCAAAUUAACACGCAGCCCACCAUGACAUGGCAGAUUGGAUGUAUUGAUGUCUUCGUUCCUCCGGACAUCAUGAGUGACGAUACUUCAGGGGAUGUGUCGGUUCAGGAGUUGGAAAACGCUACCUUGACCUGCCGAGCCACUGGUCAUCCCGCACCUAAGAUCACAUGGAGAAGAGAGGACCACGAACCUAUAUUGUUGAAAAAACCCAUGUCCAGGGAGUUUGAGAAAGUCGAGAGCUAUGUGGGCAGUUCCAUGCCACUGUGGCGGGUGGAUCGACGACAGAUGGGGGCGUUCUUAUGCAUCGCGUCCAACGACGUGCCGCCAGCAGUCAGCAAACGAAUCACGCUCAAUGUUAAUUUUGCACCGACAGUGAAAGUGCCAAACCAGCUCCUGGGUGCACCGCUUGGUACGGACGUCAAACUGAAGUGCUACGUGGAAGCCUAUCCCAACACCAUCAACUACUGGAUCAAGAACAGAGGAGAGAUGUUGCUUGACGGGCCAAAAUAUACAAUACGAGAAGAAAAAUCAUCGUACAAAGUGUCAAUGUGGUUGACAAUACGACAGUUUUCCAAGAGUGACAUUGGGACGUAUAACUGUGUGAGCACCAACUCUCUUGGCAAGAGUGAAGGAACACUAAGGUUGUACGAAAUCAAAUUAAACUCACCAGAGGACUUCAGUAACCAAAUAAGCAUCGCUGGAGGUCUAACAGAAGCUGCAAAGGGAAACUCAAAUGAAACAUUGUUUAUAACGAGGACUUUAAUAUUGAUAUCAUUAUUUUGUGCCGUUUAUCUCAAUGUAACCUGUUAGUCAUUGUUAGUGGGUACUUGAUUGUAAGAUUUUAUUCUUAUCAUUCAGGAAUGAAAUGUUAAAGAUGCUCUUAACAAAACAUUUCUUCUUCUCUGGAUGGAUGGCAUCACUGUUGUCAUUCCUUGGAUUUAUUCUUGAACCAAUAGUGGUGAUAAUUUACUUAUGUGACAUUUCCCACUUGAGAUCUUUUGAUCUACUAUACGAUAAAUUAAUUACAUGCCUAUUAUUCGCCACAUUUUCAAAACUCAAAUAGAUCACAAAUUAAGAAAAUCUGAAUUACUCUUUUAAAUUAUCAAAUGUUUUAAUGUAAUGUGUGUGUUAGAUAGCAAGGAGAAAAUAAUAGAACAUAUUAUUGUUAGAUAUUCUAUAUAAUUAUAUUAUUAUUCUUUGUUGAUAUAAUAUUACGAGAAAACGUGAUGCAAAUACAAUAAUUCAAUAAAAAUAUAAACAUUAAAAAUUACUGAUGCAAUUCUCACCAAAAGUAACACUUCAACUUUACAGCUAACCAAUUUUAUUCCAAUACCGUACAGCUCAUAAAUAUAAGUUUAUUAUUCAUUUUGUACAGUCAAGUGCCCUAUAAAUGUAAAUAGGCGAGGUUUAUGCUUUAAAAGUAAUUUAAUUACAUGUUCUGAAUAUGUACGGUAAUGUAUAUUAUAUUAUGUACUGUAAAUAUUAUUUAUAAGCUGUUUUUGUUAUGUUAUUUAAUAGUACAUAGAAGUUGGCAAGUUGGGUUUUUGAUUUAUUAUUAAUUUUUAUAUCAUACAAAAAAAGCUAAUGUAAUAUCGAUAGCAUAUUUAUUGAGAUACAAGUUUAAAGAAAUACAGCGUUUGAAAUCUUCUUUUAUGUAAAAUGUUUUUACUCUUUGUGAAUACUUUAAAACUAUCGAAUACCUAAUAGAACGGAUUGAAACAGUAAAAUAAAAAAAUCAAAAGUAAUAUAAAAUAUAUCUAUCAUUUUCAUUUACUCGGUCAUUUGAUAUUACUUACGAAAACUUUUGUGAAUUGAAAAAGAAAAUCUAUUUUACAGAAAUAUUAUAUAAUAUUUUUGGUUGUAUUUGUUCAUAUACCUAACUUGCCAGUAACUUUAAGUAAUAAUAAUAUACUGGAACUUCGCUUGGAUCCGCCAAAAAUCAAUAGUUUACAUGUUAGUGUAAACUGAUCGCUCUAUCAUAAGACUGUUUAUAACAAAUAAAGUAACGGAUAUUAA